AACUGUACGGAGCAAGUGCUAUCGAGGCCCAAGAGUUCUGCUAUAGGUACAACACCAGAGGACUAUACUGGUCCUUCUGCAAGAGGACCGCCAACGACCAGUUCAUCCCCUGCCAGAGAGAAGAUAUCUUCUGUGGGAAGCUGUUCUGUGAAGGCGGCAGCAGCAACCCCAACUACGGCCGGAUGGUCAAAGUCGGGAACUGCAAGGCGGCAUUUUUUGGAGAUUUCACCAAAGACUACGGCCAGGUGGACACGGGGACCAGAUGUGGGGAAGGAAAGGUGUGCAGUCAGAACGAGUGCGUGGAGCUUCAGACGGCGUACAGAAACACAAACUGUUCAGCCAAAUGCCAAGGACACGCUGUGUGUAACCACAGGAGUGAGUGUCAGUGUGAGGCCGGCUGGAUGCCUCCUGGCUGCUCCUCCGAAGAGGCCUCCGAGGGUCUCUCUACAGGAGCCACGGUGGCCAUCGCUCUGACGGUGAUCUUAGUGGUGUUAGGUGUGAUUGCUGGAGUGAUCGGAUUCAUCUGUAAGAAACGACAAAGUCCCGUGUUGCCAACUUCACACACGCAGAGGAAGCUGCCAGUGAUGCUCAGUCAACAGACUAUAGUGCAGGUUGUGAGGCCCAAACCCAAAGGAGCUCCACCGCCCCCCCCCUCCAGCCGGAAACAGACCCAAACCCCCGGGACAGAACUACAGCGCUGCUCGCCAGGCUCUGAGGCCGGUCCCUCCUCCUAAAGUCUGAAGUGCCAGGUCCUGCAGAGACUCACCUUCAACCCAAAGAGUUUUUGUAUUCAACUUGUCGUGCCUUUUCCUCUGCAGCGUGACGGAGAUUCUGGACUUGAACUCGUCUCCUGAACGCCGUGCGCUGAUGAUUUGAGAUUACAGGGAAGAACUGCACUUUGUUGUUAAACCACAGGGUGCAAACAGCCCUGAGCGUGAGCCAUACCGUUGUAUCUGUUGUUUUCACGAUAACACUGAAUGUUAUUGUCAAACAGUUUCCAGCAAUAUUUUUUACAGUGUAUUUUUAAACUGCUUUUUAAUAAUGGUCAUGCUUUUCUGGUGCGAUGUGUAAAACCACUAACAACCCAAAUGAAAUGCUGCAUUCACACUGAAACAUGCUACACAUCAGCCUGCUUUGUUGAAUCUCAAUUGUUCAAAAUUCUGAAUAACGAGGGAAAGAAAUGAGAGAAAUGUCUUUUUUAUAUAAGAUACAGAAUCUCCGUCAGAUUGUAUGGAUUUAAAGAACAGGAUUAAGACAAACUCAACAAGAUACGGUUAUUUUCCAAUUACAUAAUGUCCUUUUCAGCAUUUGGUCUCAAUUGUAUAUAAGUCUACGGAAUAUAUAUAUAUAUAUUUGUUAUGUUUCUUAAAAAGGGAGCAUUGAUGUUUUGCAUUACUAAUAACAUUUCUGUAAAUAGUGACCAUGAGCAUUAUGGUGCGUUCGCUUCGGACAUGAUGCGAUGUUUGUGCGCGUGGUGAUUACAUGUAAAGAAGCGGAUAGACUAAUUGAUACGUAUUGAUAUAUCUUAUAAGAUCAGCGCCACAGUAUUGCCCUCAUGCUAUAUUUGAUCUAGAAAAACCCCUGAAUACUAAUACUAGUCUUCUGGCAUUAGUCACUCCUGACGUUUGAAUUUGGUUUCAAAUACAAAAAUGGUGGUAUUUGACACCAAGAGGAUUUAUUUUAAGUGAGUGAAAGUGAUUACCUCAUCUUGGGAUUUUGAGUGGCUGACUGACUUUUUCUAAAGAGUAACGUCAACGUUUGCUAAUGACAGUCCUUGUAUAGUCCAAUAUCUGUAACAAACUAAAUGCUGUUUCUUAUCCUCGUUACAAAGACUAACGCAGGCGAUGAUGAUGAUGAUGAUGAGGAUGGUAGAAAUCCUGUGACUGAAUAUUUUGUCUAUGAUGUUUUGAAACGCUUAAUGUAAAUUAAUAAUGGCAAUAAACUGUAUUUUGUACAAAAGUGUUGUGUGUGUAUAAGACAGAGUAAAUGCUAAAGCUGCAACAACACAUCUGUCUCAACAAGUCCUCCAAAAAACGAUCAAAUAGGGUGAUUGUUCAACAGCUGAUUACGACCUAUAGUCACGUUUUAAACUGCUAAACUUUCAAACGUGACUAUAGGUCGUAAUAAGCUGUUGAACAAUGAACCUAUUUGGUCUUUGUUUGGAGGACAGGCUGGUGUGUUCAUUGUCAUGUCCAGCAGGUGGAGCUCUAACAUAAUAAACGGAUGGUCUGAUGUUCUCUUUUCA